GCGUCGGCCAGCGUCGUCCAUGGCAGGCGGGUGUCGCUCGGGGGAUCCCGCGGCCUUCUCGGCCCGGCCGCCGGGGUGGCGGCUCGCGGCGGCGCUGCUGAUGCUGCUGGCGGCGGGCCGCGGGGCGCAGGCGCUCUACUUCCACAUCGGGGAGACGGAGAAGCGCUGCUUCAUCGAGGAGAUCCCUGACGAGACCAUGGUUAUCGGGAACUACCGGACGCAGCUGUGGGACAAACAGUCCGAGGCCUUCCUGCCCUCCACGCCGGGCCUGGGCAUGUUCGUGGAGGUCAAGGAUCCCUAUGGGAAGAUGGUCCUCUCCAGGCAGUACGGCUCUGAAGGCCGCUUCACCUUCACUUCGCACACCCCAGGAGAGCACCAGAUCUGCCUCCACUCCAACUCCACCCGCAUGGCCCUUUUUGCAGGUGGGAAACUGCGGGUGCACUUGGAUAUCCAAGUCGGGGAGCACGCAAACAAUUACCCAGAGAUUGCAGCCAAGGACAAACUGACCGAACUGCAGCUAAGAGCCAGGCAGCUCUUAGACCAGGUGGAGCAGAUCCAGAAGGAGCAGAACUACCAAAGAUACCGAGAGGAGAGAUUCCGCAUGACCAGCGAGAGCACCAACCAGCGGGUGCUGUGGUGGUCCAUUGCCCAGACCAUCAUCCUCAUCCUCACAGGCAUUUGGCAGAUGAGGCACCUCAAGAGCUUCUUUGAGGCUAAAAAAUUGGUGUAGCCCCUCUGACAGCACAGGCACCGUUGUUCUUCCGGUUCCACUGAGCACUUCUUGACCCUCCUGGAUUUGGCACAACUGAAAGGACAGAUGGAAGCACAGCAUGUGAAACAUCUUUGGACCAGCAUUUGCAUACUUCCUCUUCCCUGAUGAAGGGGGUGCCCUGCCCACAGAAGUCUCUCACGUGCCACCCCGUUCUUUGCUUUGCUGUGUUGCAGCAGCUGGAAAAGCCUCUGUGGGCAGUGCCCUUGUGCAGAUCCAAAGGAAGAGAAAAUUGCUUUCUAAGAGACUGAGUAGGCUCUUUUUUUUAAAAAAAAGUGCUUUCCUGUUUCUGGAUCCUGAUUGGUGGGAGUAACUUCUGGGUUGUUCUGUUCUGGUGGUUCCCUGUCAUUCUUUGCUCUUAACACGUGAGGUUUGUGGGGGCAGCCCUUGUAAUGGAGAACGGCCUGGAAGAGGAAAUGGGAGGGGUGGAAUAACAUUUAUACUCAAACUAGGUUUUUUCUUGCUGGGGGUGGGGGUGGCCUGAUACCUACUGGAACUUGGGGCGGGGGCUGCUUAGGACAACAGCAGUGGUUGCCUACAGGGUUCUGGCAGCAUCUCCUCUUGUAACCCUCCCCAGUUUCCAGCGGAGGGGCUAGAUAACCAUUGUGAACAUGGGGUUAGCAAAAGUUUAGGCUCCAGGUGUGUUUCAAGUGCUUUCACAGAAGGGAUCUCUAGACUUCUGCAAAUGAGCCUAGUUUAAGGAUACCCGCAGGUAGUAUCUUUUAAUUGCACAGAGAAGAGUUUCCACUUGGGUGAGUAGGGGUUUUUUUUAAUACGGCCCUGCUAAUGCCACUAGUGUGGAUGGCAGGAAGCUUGCUAGGAGACAGCAUUAAGUAAGUUGCCAUUUAUGUACCAUGGAGCUCCUUAACAGCCUUUCUUGAGUUUGGAAAGAGAGGCCUCUACCUAUGCAAAAGUAUACCUGAUGGAUUUGUGGGUGACAGCAGAGCCAGAGCAUGGAAUGGUGGAGAAUUUGAAAUGCAGUUAUCUCCCCCUCCUCUUCCCUGUGUUUUAUUUCCUGCCCACAACGGUAAAUUCUUAAUAAUGUUCCAUGUUACAGUUCUGGAGUGAAAUAAAAUUUCCUGCGAAAGGC